CCCAGAAGAAUCAUUCCUUUAUUCCCACCAAGAUUGAUGUUAGUGCGUUUCCUGCUUACGCUUGCUAAAAUAUUGGCUGCUAUUGGCAGACUUCCAGUUCUUUCACAUUCCCCCUUCACACUUUUAAUGGUUGUAGGAAUUAACAUUUGUGGUUUGGAAUAUGAGAAAUGCAUUUUGAAGUGGCACCAGCUGACACCAGGUUUUAAUUACAAGUGGAAGGCAGGUCUCUGAAAUACAGGAUGGCUACUCAUCAGCUUUUACAGACUAAGAAAAAAAAAAAGCCCUCUACGGAAUCAGUGUUGUUUCCCAACAAAAUUGCUACUGAGCAGCAGUCUGUGGUGCUGGUGAAAAGACUUCUGGCCAUCUCUGUAUCCUGUAUAACAUACAUGAGAGGGCUGUUCCCGGAAAGCUCUUAUGGAACUCGCUAUUUAGAUGACCUCUGUCUAAAAAUUCUCCGAGAAGAUAAAAACUGUCUGGGAUCAUUGCAGAUAGUCAAGUGGAUCCAAGGUUGUUUUGAUGCUUUGGAGAGGCAGUAUUUACACAUUGCUGUCCUUGCAAUUUACACCAAUCCCAAGGAACCGGAGACAGUGACUGAACUGUAUCAAUUCAAAUUCAAGUACAAAAAGGAGGUGCCCCAGAUGGACAUCAUCAGCAACCAAAUGAACUUUGUGAAUGGGGUGUGCAGCGAGGAUGUUAAACAGGCCAGCAGGCUCCUGAUCCGUAAGCUGUACCUGUUAAUGCAAAACCUCGAGCCACUUCCCAAUGACAUUACCCUGACCAUGAAACUCCUCUACUACAAUGAUGUAACUCCCAAAGAUUACCAGCCCCCUGGCUUUAAGGCAGAUGGCAGCCCCAGUGACCUGUUUUUUGAUGGUGAUCCUGUCAACCUGAGAGUAGGGUCAGUCUCCACUGGCUUCCACCUCAUGAAAGUGAGAGUGACAACUGAAAAGAAGAGAAUUAAGACAGUUGAGAGCAACUUGGUCAAGAAGAAUGGCCCUACUGAGAUCUCCCAUCAAGGGUUAGACUGCGAUGAAGAGGAAGAGGAGGAGGGCACAAAGAAUCACCCCCUCCCUGUCAGAGCAGAUUCAAGUGAGCGUGAAGAGGGCAAAAGUGACACCCAUCCAGGCUGGAAAACAGAAGCAUCUUCUUUUUACCUUCAAGAUACAGGUGAAAAAAAGAAGACAGGAGUAAAGAAAAUGGGCAAGAUGUCUUGCUCAACGGCAUCUCAACAGAUAAGCUGCCUGACCCUUGCGUUUAGCCAGGAAGAGGUGAUAGGACCCAAGAAGAAAAGGAAGGUCAGUGAACCAGAGAAGCUGCUUCUGGAAGACAGGAAAUUAUGUUAAUUCUGACACACAAUACAUUUUGGAAGGUGUGAGUUGCAUUGUCAUCUGACUAGUAAAGACCUUUACUGUCAUCCAGUAUUUAACUCUUCCACGUACCACGUGUAUCUCUGCAUGUUUAUUUGUCUAAUGAAAAGUUUGGAUUGUGAAGAGACACCAAGCACCAUAAUUGUCAUGACAAUGUCAACCAACAGCACUUGUUUGAUGUUCUAAAGUUGAGGAUUUAUGAUUCCAUGUGAACGGUGUCUGUGUGCUUCUUUUUCUCUGUCUCUCUCCCUCACAUCCCUCCCCUCCCAUGAGCUAAGCGUCCUCCUCUGUGGCUAGACUGUCCUUUGCCAAUAUGUCAUCAAUAUUUAAUGGCACUCUUUCAAGAUGAACUCUGAGGUAUCAAUGCCAGCAAGCAACAAGUCUCAUGAUUCACUAGAUUGUUUACCUUCAUCCUAUCUACUGUUUCCGGAGCAUAGAUUUUUUUUUUUUUUUCA